CUCUCUCCUCCCUCAACUCCCCCAUUCUUCCUUCCUCUUCACCUUCUUCUCUUUCUCUCUCUUCUACUUUUUUAUUUUCUCUCUCCUCCAUACUUAUUCUCCUUUCUAAAUACAAUGCUGAGGUUUUAGGCCGAUUUCUAGGGCUUAUUCAUCAUCAUUCAACAUAUUUCUUCAAUUUUAUUCCAAGAUUGAUAUUAGGUUCGAAAUUCGGUGUUGCUGAGUGAUUAUGGGAAGCAGUGAAGAUGGGAAGUCUUCCAAGUCAGAAAAAUCAUCUCCAGUUGCAACUGAGCAGAAUACUGUCCAUGUUUAUCCUGAUUGGGCAGCCAUGCAGGUUAGUUGCUCGGCAUAUUAUGGUCCAAGGGUUGCUUUGCCACCAUAUUUCAACUCAGCUGUUGCACCUGGGCAUCCGCCUCACCCUUAUAUGUGGGGACCUCCACAGCCUAUGGUGCCACCAUAUGGGGCUCCUUAUGCCGCAAUCUAUGCACCAGGGGGAGUUUAUGCGCACCCUGCAAUUCCUCUUGGUUCACAAGCACCUGAUCAAGCAGCUGCUCCUAUUGCUGUGACUGAACCAUUGGUUGCUACACCUUUGAGCAUGGACACACCUGUUAAAACACCUCGAGAUGGCGAGAAAGGUUUAAUAAAAAAGCUAAAGGGGUUUGAUGGCCUUGCAAUGUCAAUUGGAAAUGGCAAUACUGAGAAGGAGGGUGAUGAUGAGAAUAGGCUGUCGCAUAGUGCUGAAACUGAGGGUUCCAGUAAUGGAAGUGUUGGAAACACUGAAGAAGCUGAUCAUAAUAAAAGGAAGAGAAGCCGUGAAGGAACCCCAACAGAUGUCGAAGAUGAAAAAACUGAGAUCAAGGCUGUUCUUCCUCCUUCUGAUAAUGCGUUGGGAAUUCCCCUUACUCCGGCAAAUGUAGCAGCAGGACAAGUAGUGGGAACUGUUGUUUCGUCUGGUGUGGCCACCACAUUGGAGCUGAGGAAUCCUGGGGUCAGUGUGAAAGCCAAUUCAGCUAAUGUUUCUCCCUCUAACACAGUAAUGUCUUCUGAACCUUGGUUACAGGUACAGAAUGAGAGGGAGAUAAAACGCGAGAGGAGAAAACAAUCUAAUCGAGAAUCUGCAAGAAGGUCAAGACUGAGGAAACAGGCUGAAACUGAGGAACUUGCCAGAAAAGUGGAAGCCCUCAGCGCUGAAAACAUCGCACUGAAGUCAGAAAUCAAUCAAGUGGUAGAAAACUCACAGAAACUUCGUCUUGAAAAUGAUACAUUAACGGCAAAAUUGAAAAGCGUGCAGUCGGGACAAGGAAAUGAGAACGGUUUACCUAAUGUUGAUACCAAACGUAAUCCCACAGACAGCACCGAAAACUUGUUAUCAAGGGUCAACAAUUCGGGUUCUGUUGGUAGAAUUGCAGAUGAAAGUGCAGACAUGUACGGAAAAGGUGCAAAGUCAGGUGCCAAGUUUCAUCAAUUACUGGAUAACCCGAGGGCUGAUGCUGUGGCAGCUGGCUGAGCUGCGGACGAAAAAACAUGUAAGUCAUAAAGAUAUAGGACUAUCAUGUAAUUUUGGCAUUAAUUAAACGCCCAAAAUUACUGCUAACAGUGUCCUAAUUUGGAGUUAGGCAGAUAGAUAUAAUUUUCAUAAAACUUUGUAAUUGUUAGUUAAAAGCCUUUCUCAAUGGCAGAACUGAUGUGUUUUUAAUUAGAAUUCAGGGUGCCGAGAUUUGGCCACUAAAAAAAUGUAUAUUGAAGAGUUUUAGAGAUUUAGAAGAGGGAGUCUUUGUGUUCCAGUCAGCUUUAUUGGACGCUUAUACAUCUAUAAAGGACUUUUGUUCAUGUAUUAGUUGAAUUACUAUUUACUAGUGGGGUGAUUUUAUCACAUACUUUACUGUAAUAGACAUUUUCUACCAUAAACUUCUUUUCGUUUUCAUUAUCUUCUGAUAAUAUAAAGUAUGGUUUUUAUGUGUCUGAA